AGUUUUGCAGCCUGUGAGCUCAUUUCCUGCCCAGAUCUGUCCAGAGAUCACCCAAGUACUAUCUGUGGGAAAAGCUUGCUGCUCCUACUGAAACAUGUCUUCCAACUCCAACCUGAGUUCCAUGCAGAGACUGGUGGAACAGCUGAAGCUGGAAGCUAGUGUGGAGAGGAUCAAGGUGUCACAGGCAGCAGCAGAGCUCCAACAGUAUUGUAUGCAGAAUGCUUGCAAAGAUGCCCUGCUGGUUGGAAUGCCUGCUGGAAGUAACCCGUUCCGGGAGCCGAGAUCCUGUGUGCUGCUCUGAAGAUGUUUUCUGUGCAUGAUCCAUGACUACAGCAAGAGACACUCAAAGAUCUCUGAUGGGAAAGAACAGCCUUCUAUUCCAGUACAAUUCUAAAAUGAUGUGGCCAAUCCCCCUUUAUGUAUUUAUUAGUUAUUUUAAAAAAGACGUAUACGUAAUAUUCAUAAGAUAAUGUUUUCCUGUGUGAGAGAGAGAUGUAUAUUUCAGGGGUUUUGUGGUAGGGAUGGGAGCAGCAGGGGUAAAUGUUACAUUGAUUUAAGCCCAUUUGCUUGCACACUAAGAAUACAGUGGUAAUAUUUUUUAAAAACUAUAUUAAUAUUUUUAAAGCCAUUACACUUUUCUAAUUUGUAAUACAACAUUAAAUACUUUUUAAAUUAA